AUGGCCACCUCCGUCAAUGAUCUCCCAAACGAGAUCCUAAGCCAAAUAUUCUCCCACCUGGACCGACCUGCGCCAUCAGACUCGAAACUCCAUGAUCAACCAAGCUCUUUCAUGCUGCAGAACCUCUUUUUUGACCGCGAUCUCAAGACUACUUCUCUCGUUUGCAAGCGAUGGCGAGGUGCCGUGCUCCCUCUGCUGUUCCGCCAUGUGGUCUGGACAUUCGACCGAUUCGAGUUACCGCUCAUGGAAGAGACGGGAAACCCUGCGUCCGCGAUCGAGUUUUUGUCAUUCCUCCGGGCGAACAAUUUGACCAACUAUGUCGAAACACUUUCAAUGUUUGUCGAAGAUGCCAUGGGCGGCGUAUCGGACGGCACCAGCAGUGCCACUCUUAUGGAGACAGGCUUUGCGAACAAGGCCUCGUACAGCGAAGACUACAACUGGCUCUGGACGACAAUCUUUGAACAUAUUGAUCCCACCCGGCUUACAAUGAUUGCGUCGCCACGGGUGUUGGCCCAGAUGCUAUCGCGUAUGCUCUUCCUUGGGGAUGCGUGGAACUUUUCCAUGCCUCGGCAUGUUCUUUCGCUAUCACGCAAAGAAAAAAGGUCAAAAGAGACGCAACUCGAGGCACCGGUGACAGCAUCAUCAACAAGUCAGGCAUCUAGUUCUGAACUCACACAUCAGAAGCGUGUUCCAUGUGGCCUCUUCACCAUCCGCCCAUGGCAAGCUCUCUUACUGAACGAAGGAUCCUCGACGCGAGUCUACAAGACAUACGAAUUCUACCUCAAACGCCCACCUUCCAUCCUCGGCGCUCUUCUGGGCGCAGAAGAGUUCCCCAAUGACGAAUCCAUGAUCCCCUCCUCGAUCCGCGACCUCUCCUACGUCGGCAUCUUCCCCCUAUCAAGCCACUUCAACACCCUUGUCCAAAACGUCCCGCGUCUCGACCGCCUCUUCGUCCAGCUCGUCCCCCGAAACGACAUCCUCUCCGACCACGAAGAAAUGCGCAACGUCGACCUCGCCGAUCUCUGGAUGGAGCGCAACACGGCCUACUCGAUGCUGUUCCGCGAGCUCUUCAACCCGAGCCCGGACAGCCCCUGGCUCGAGCUGAGCGUCUUUGAGAGCGGCGACGCGGCGGACAAGGAGGCGUGGGAUAUGGCGGUGCAGUUUGUGCAGUUUAGCGGCGUGCAGGGGUGGCGGGUCGCAGGCGAGGGCGUCUUUGCGAGGGAAGGGGACGAGGACGACGUCGGUGCGAUCCUCGGCAUGUCUCAGUCAGUGGCGCCAGCGGGAUCGUCAAGAUCACAAACAUUGUCUGGGUGA